UCAAAUUUCCAUGGCAACCCAACAGGCAGCCGAAGAUCCCAUGGAAGCGGCGGACGUGGCCGUCGCCGCUGCCGACGUCGUCGAGGUCUCGGACUCGGAGCCGCCGGCAACGGAGGCGUCGCCCAAGAAGCAGGUGACGCCGGCAAAGAAGAAGGCAGCCCGCGGCCGAGGCCGCCCGCGCAAGAACCCCGAGCCCGAGUCCUCGACCGACGACGACGAAGAGGACGUGUUUGCACUCUUUGCCGAGAAGAGCAAGCUGCUCAGCGACGAUAUCACAAAACGGUACGGCGAAGUCGUCUGGGCGCGCAUGCGGGGCUUCCCGUACUGGCCGGGCCAUAUUUGCGACCCGGCGAUUCUGGACGCCGACUCGAUGAAGCGGUUCCUGCCCCGCAUCGAGACGAGCUACUGGGUCUACUUUUACGAGGCCCACAACAGCACGGCCAUUUCAUACGCAGACAUUGUGCCCUGGGACGACACGACCAACGACUACCGCGAUCCGCGCGGGUACCCGCCCAAGAAGACCGUCAAGCGCGUCAAAAACCUCGUCGAAGCCGUGACACUGGGCGACGCCGAGGUCAUCUUGCCGGUUGAAGGUCGCAUCCAGUGGAUCAAGGAAAACCUGAACAAGCCGACGGCAAAGGCGUCCAAGGCCAAACGACCCCGGACGACGACGGACCCGGACGUCAGCCCGAAGACGCCUGCCAACAAAAAAGCGAAAACGACCAGCGCGAAAGAAGAGACACCGGCGCCGUCGGUGGACAUGUCCGAGUCCGACGCACCCAAGAUCAAGCGGGCGAGGGCGACCAAAGACGCUAUUGCUGCCGUCGAGCUGCCCCUCAUGCGCAAGGAGGACAAGCUGAGCAAGGAUGUCGAGCGAAUGAUGAAGAAGGCAGAUAAGGCGGUGGUCGCCGCCGAAAAGAAGAGGUCCAAAGCUACCGAGCCAGCCAAGGACAAACCGGCAGCCAAGGACAAGCCAGCAGCCAAGGACAAGCCAGCGGCCAAGAAGGCUGUAGCCAAGGACAAGGCCAAAGCUGGCGACGACAAACCGAUCGACGACGAGUUGGAAGAAGCAAAACGAUGCGCAAAGAAGCUCCAGCGCUGCGCGCGCGAAGACUCUGCGGACGCCAACGAAAAAGCGAUUGCGAUCAUGAGCACGCUCAUCGCGUCCGAGAAGCCCAUGACGCUGGACGUGCUACGUGACUCCAAUCUUCCCGCAGCCGUCAACGCGCUCCGAGCCAGCGUCAACCCCAACGUGGCCAAGACCGCCAGCGCCCUUCGCAAGCACAUGAUGCAGCGCGCCGGUGUCCAGACGAAGGAAAAGCCCAAGUCGUCGUCGCCCGAGGCUGAACCGGCAGUCGAGCCGCCUGCCGCGGGCAACUCACCCGCCGACGGCACGGUCGACGCCACGCCGCCACCAACAGAGGUGGUCGUCGACGCAGUGCCUGUCGAGCCGACGCCUGUAGACGCCGACGCGUCACCAGCAACAGUCGAGCUUGCCGAGACGCCGGCCGAGACGACGCCACCGACGCCUGCCAAACCCGAGUGCCCACACCGCAGUGUUGUGCGCCAGCUCCUGCAGCGCGUGCUGCCAAAGCCCUCGCUGUGUACAGAGAUCGAGCUCGCGCUCUACGAUCGGUUCAGCGAUACGACCGAGGAGUACAAGUCGCAAGCGCGCACCGUUGUGUUUGGUCUCGAGGCGCACAAGGUAUGCCGCCAAAAGGUGCUGUCGGGGUCCCUCCCCGUGCUCGAGCUGGCGUUUGCCACCGACGAGAUGUUUGCGCAGCUGGACAAGUCGGCGUUCCUGCACAAGUAAACAACUGUGCUUGUUGUGCUUCCA